AUGGAUUCAUCAUCAGACACAGGAGGUGAUGUUAGAGGAAUUCGAGUUCUAAUGUUUCCAUGGUUGGCUCAUGGACAUAUAUCUCCAUUCUUAGAACUAGCUAAAAUACUCACUCAGAAGAACUUCUACAUUUAUUUUUGUUCUACACCCAUAAAUUUAAGUUCCGUAAAAGAUCAACUCAGUCGUGAUCACCAACUCAGUCGUGAUCACCAACUCGAAAAUACGUCGAUCGAAUUAGUAGAACUUAGUCUCCCUUCACUUCCAGAUCUUCCUCCCCAUUACCAUACAACAAAAUCACUCCCACCUCAUCUCAUGCCUACUUUGAAGAAAGCCUUUGACUUAUCAUCACCUUCUUUCAACGACAUCCUUUCUACUAUCAAACCGGAAUUACUUGUUUACGAUUUCAUUCAACCAUGGGCUCCUACUCUAGCUUCUCAGUUGAACAUCCCAUCCGUUCAGUUGUUAACUACUGGUGCAGCUUUUACUUCGUUCGCUCUUCACCUGUUUCAAGAGAACCCAGACACCCAGUUCCCGUUUCCUUCGAUUUAUCUCUACGAUCACGAAGCACAUCAAGUGAUAAAGCGUAUUUCACAUCCCGGAGGUAUGGAAGAUAGAGAGCGUAUCACUCAAAGUAUUGACAAAUCAACAGGCUUAGUUUUGAUCAAUACUUUUAAAGAGAUUGAAGAGAAGUAUCUAGAUUAUCUCUCUGAUACAUUAGGAAAAGAGUUGGUACCAGUAGGACCUCUUCUUCAAAAGAAUCAAAACCCUACCAAUAGUCCUAGUUGUGAUCAUGAACAGGAAAUGAACAAGUUUAAUGAAUGGCUUGGUAACAAAGAGAAUUCAUCAGUUGUAUUUGUUUCAUUUGGUACAGAGUAUUUCAUGUCAAAAGAAGAGAUCCAAGAAGUUGCGCAUGGUUUGGAGUUAAGUGAAGUGAAUUUCAUAUGGGUUGUUAGGUUUCCUGAUAAUCGUGAAGAAGAUCGUCUAGCUCAAGUCUUACCGAAGGGGUUUAUGGAGAGGAUUGUAGAGAAAGGAAUGGUUGUGGAGAAUUGGGCUCCGCAAGCAAAGAUACUAGUGAAUGAUAAAAUUGGUGGAUUUGUGAGUCAUUGUGGAUGGAAUUCAGUAAUGGAAAGUAUGAAGUAUGGUGUUCCUAUUAUAGCAAUGCCAAUGCAUCUUGAUCAACCAAUAAAUGCAAGAUUGGUGGUGGAGCUUGGUUUAGGAGUUGAGGUUAAGAGGGAUGAAGAUGGGAGAUUGGAUAGAAGAGGGAUAGGAGAAGUGAUCAGAAAGGUAUUGAUGGGAAUAAAAGGAAUGGAAGUACAAAGAAAAGCUGCCGAAAUGAGUCACAAAAUGAUAUGCAAGGGAGACGAAGAUAUUGCUGUGUUGGUGGAGAAAUUAGAAAGGCUUUGUAACAAAGAAUUAAUAUAA